CUUGAGUAUUCCGUCUUGUGGUCGUUGAUCAAUUUUAAUUUUUAAAUUAUAAAUUAGUCAUAAUCAUAUAUUUCACCACCAUUGAUUUAUGUGGCACUGCGUUGUUGGUGAUGAUUGUAGACUAAACUAAAAGCCCUCAUAUUAUUUCCCGUGGGAGUCAACCCCAACCUUUGUUGAAUUAGUAUAUUGGUACACGACCACGUUGCAUAAUCUUAAUAUGUAACUUUGACUGUAUCAUAGCUCAAAACCAAUAGUGAAAGCAUACUAUCACCACGAAAGAGCCACUAAUGUGGUGCGUUAUUCGGGUGAACCCAAGCACAACACUAACAUCGAUGUUGUCGCCCCAUACGUAGUCAUGCCUCAUGUGUAGAAGGUCAUCCUCACACACUAAGACACAUAUUUUGACACCACCUUGCCAUGCCCCUAGUGUAACAACCACCAGAGAAUAUGAAAUUUUUUUGUAAACAAUAAGUUAUUCCUCACAGAAUCCUUCUGGAAAUCUACUUAGAUGGGUCUUCUGUUAAUGGUGAUGAAGCGAUGGAAUCCCUUUUCUACCUAUCCUCAUCGGAAUGCUGGGAAGAAGGGAAUUUUGAGAAGAAAGUGGUAGAAAUUCAAAGGAUUGCGUGAAUUUAAAUAACGGAAGAAUCAUCAUUACAAGAGGAAACCAAAAAUGAUGCUCAGUUAGAAUUGGACAUGCAGCCGAGAGUAUUAAAUGUGAGAAGGCACCUGUCUAAUCGAUAGUGUUAGAAGUCUUUUCACAUACUUUCUUGCCAAGAAUAGAUAAACUCCUCUUUCCAAUACCCCGAUUACGUAGGUGUUUGAAAACUGGGGAGACUAUCUGUAUGGGGGUGAAAACCAGGCACAGACGUGUGGUCGAAUCGGGGAAAGACACGUGGAGAAAGUGACAAGUCAGGUCUAGCUCAACCAUGAUGUGACCAGAGGAAGCAUUCUUGUUCUCGGGUGUCUAGUAUUCAUUAAACUUGAGUCUGAUGUCACAUCCACAGACCCGCCGAGCUCCGGAGCCACGAGGCUUGGCAUCAGACUACACCGAGAUGGGAUAAGGAUGAAGCUCAACUGCUACUGGAAGAUCCAUGAUAUAUUAUCCUCCCUAAUCAUUGCAUAACAACCGUGGACCUGGGUCAUUAAGAGUCUUCAUGGAUGCUGAGUUUCACAAAAUCUGGUCCCUAGGGUUUAAAUAUAUGUGUAAACAAUGUUGCUGUUGUUGGUCACGUGGGACAUGGUGGAUGAAGACAAAGAAGUAAAACUAUACGACUUGAGAGUCUUGACCAGAUACCAGACAGUAGUGUACCCUACACUGCAUUUUGGAGCUUUGUAUAUUCUAGCCUUUUUCCCCAGUACCCUUUUGUUAUCGUCAGAUCUUUCGAUGAGUAUCCAUUUCAAGCGGAAUUAUCCUAUUAUUACCAUUUCCACAAAGAUUAAACUGGUGAAGAAGAGAAUCAGUUGUUUAUAGAAUGGAAGAUAAUUUUGUGCCAUUUCGUGGAAUUAAAAAUGACCUCAAAGGGAGAUUAAUGUGCUUUAAACAAGAUUGGACUAGUGGUCUCACCGCAGGCUUCAGGAUUUUAGCCCCCACUACCUACAUAUUUUUCGCUUCAGCAAUUCCGGUUAUAUCAUUUGGUGAGCAGUUGGAAAGAAGUACUGAUGGAUUGAUAACUGCAGUUCAGACUCUGGCUUCAACUGCAUUAUGUGGGAUUAUGCACUCUAUUAUUGGAGGGCAACCUCUGUUAAUUCUUGGAGUUGCAGAACCUACUGUGCUUAUGUACACAUUCAUGUACAACUUUGCAAAAGAUAGACCAGAACUAGGACCAAAGCUCUUUUUAGCUUGGACAGCAUGGGUGUGUGUUUGGACUGCAAUCUUGCUUUUCCUUCUGGCUGUCCUAGGAGCUUGUUCCAUUAUCAACAGGUUUACACGCGUUGCUGGGGAACUGUUUGGCCUUCUAAUUGCAAUGCUUUUCAUGCAGCAAGCAAUCAAAGGACUGGUAUAUGAAUUUCGUGUACCAGAGAGAGAAAAUCCAAAUCUCCCAGAGUUCCAACCUUCAUGGAGGUUUGCAAAUGGUAUGUUUGCAUUGGUUUUGUCGUUUGGUCUUCUACUCACAGCUCUAAAGAGCCGGAAGGCAAGAUCUUGGAGAUAUGGCUCUGGCUGGCUUCGGGGAUUCAUAGCAGAUUAUGGAGUGCCACUCAUGGUUCUAAUCUGGACCGCUGUCUCUUACAUUCCUGGUAAAAGUGUUCCAACCGGGAUUCCAAGACGACUUUUCAGUCCAAAUCCAUGGUCACCUGGUGCCUAUGAGAAUUGGACAGUGAUAAAGGAUAUGCUAGACGUCCCAGUUCUUCACAUAAUUGGUGCUUUUAUUCCAGCAACAAUGGUAGCAGUCCUGUAUUAUUUUGAUCACAGUGUGGCAUCUCAACUUGCUCAGCAAAAAGAGUUCAACCUGAGAAAGCCACCUUCGUACCACUAUGAUCUGCUGUUACUGGGAUUUAUGGUUAUCAUUUGUGGUCUUCUAGGAAUCCCCCCGGCAAAUGGAGUCAUUCCACAAUCUCCAAUGCAUACAAAGAGUUUGGCCACACUGAAGCAUCAGUUGCUUCGUAAUCGGCUAGUUGCAAAAGCACGGAAAUGUAUGACUGAGAAUGGGAACUUGGCUGAAGUAUACGAAAGUAUGCAAGAAGCCUAUCAACAGAUGCAGAGUCCACUGAUUCACCAAGAGCCAUCAUCUCGGGGGUUAAAAGAAUUAAAAGAGUCUACCAUUCAAUUGGCUUCAAGAAUAGGCAACAGGGGUGAUCCUGUUGAUGAGACGAUGUUUGAUGUUGAGAAGGAGAUAGAUGACUUGUUGCCCGUUGAAGUAAAAGAACAGAGGUUGAGCAACUUGCUUCAGUCCACCAUGGUGGGAGGAUGUGUGGCCGCCAUGCCUCUUCUCAAAAUGAUUCCAACAUCAGUCCUUUGGGGCUACUUUGGCUUCAUGGCCAUUGAAAGCUUACCAGGAAACCAGUUCUGGGAACGGAUCCUAUUGCUAUUCACAGCUCCAAGCAGAAGAUACAAAGUAAUUGAAGAGUGUCACGCUGUGUUCAUUGAAACUGUACCUUACAAGACAGUAGCAUUCUUCACCAUUUUCCAGAGCUUCUACUUACUAAUCUGUUUUGGGAUCACAUGGGUUCCCAUUGCUGGCGUUCUCUUCCCACUAAUGAUCAUGCUUUUGGUUCCUGUCAGACAGUACCUACUACCUAGGUUCUUUAAAGGAGCACAUCUUCAGGAAUUAGAUGCUGCUGAGUAUGAAGAAGCACCACCAUUAUCAUCAUGCAGCAUGACUAGAGAAAAUGAAGGUUCAUUUGCAGAUGAUGGGGAGAUUAUGGAUGGCAUGAUGACAAGAAGUCGAGGUGAGAUUCGACGUAUGUGCAGUUCAAAGGUUACAAGCUGCAAUGCUACACCAGCCAGAGAUUCUGUUAGCAUCCAAAGCCCAAGGCUUCCUAACAAGGUAUACAGUCCUCGUGUUAGUGAAAUAAAAGGGGAAAGUCCUUGUCUUGGUCGAGGAGGAUCCUUCGGUUCCAGAACUGGAGAAGCAAGACGAUCAAAUCUGUCAAAAACUCACAGUUUCAACUAAAAUUAGCACCAAGUACGAAAGAAUAUUUACAUUCACAAACAACCAAAUAUUGUUUCAUAGACACGUUAGUUUAGGCCAUUAUUCUUGUACAAUUUUUUCAUCUUCUGAUUUAUCAAAGGAAUGAAGCGUUAUUAACGUA